AUGGUCUUAAGAUGAAUACACUCUUCACUUAUGUUCUCACUCAAGAUUGUUCUUUAUUUCCAAGCUGGGCUUGGAGUCCUAGCCAAUAUAUUUCUUGUUUGUUUCUAUAUUUACAUAAUCAUAGGUCACAGACCUAAGCUCACAGACCUGAUCUCCUGUCAACUGACCUUCGUUCACUUAAUGAUGUUCUUCACUGGAGGGGAUAUUUGGCUUACAGACUUAUUUGAGACACUGAACAUUGAGAAUGAUUUCAAAUGUAAGGCAACUUUUUACAUAAGCAGAGUAAUGAGAGGCCUCUCUAUCUGUACCACUUGCCUCCUGAGUGUGUCCCAGGCGGUCACUAUCUGCCCUAGCACCUCACUCUUGGCAAAGUUUAAACAAAAACUAAAAAAAUACAUGAUAUAUGCUUUCUUUUGUAUGUGGUCUUUCAAUUUGUCCUUCAGUAGUAACCGGAUCUUCUAUGUUGGUGCUUAUACCAAUGUGAGUGAGACUAGCCAGAUGAAGGUCACUAAAUACUAUUCACUCUUACUCAUGAACUACAUCAUCAGAGGACUGAUUUUAAUAGUGACAACUUCCAGAGAUGUGUUUCUUAUAGGAGUCAUGCUAACCACAAGUACAUACAUGGUGAUCAUCUUGUUCAGACAUCAUAUGCAAUGCAAGCAUCUUCAUAGUGUCAGCUACGUGAGACCAUCCCCUGAGAAAAGGGCCACCCAGACCAUCUUGCUGCUGGUGGUUUUCUUUGUGGUCAUGUAUUGGGUAGACUUCAUCAUCUCAACGACCUCAGUUCUGUUAUGGGUGUAUGAUCCAGUCAUCCUAACUGUUCAGAAGUUUGUGAUGAAUGCCUAUCCCACAAUUACUCCAUUGGUACAAAUCAGUUUUGAUAACAGAAUAAUCAUUAUGCUAAAAAAUCUGCAGUCAAAAUGCCACCAAAUAUGUUUUUAA